AUGGGGUUAGGUUCUUUUUUUGGUGGCAAUAAAUCGACUGUUACAGAUAACAAUUCACAAACUACUAUAUCCAAUGAUCCAACUUCACAAAGGGUAAAAGCUCAAAUUCAACAAGAAUUAGCUGUUGCAAAUGCCACUGAGUUAGUAAAUAAUGUAAGCAAGAAUUGUUUUGAAAAAUGUUUAAUGGCCCCUUAUUCACAACCUAAUGAUCCUUGUAUUGAUCAAUGUUUAGCAAAAUAUAUGAGAAGUUGGAAUGUAAUUUCGAAGACUUAUGUUGCAAGAAUUCAAAAUGCAUCAACAACUGGUGAAAUAUAA